GUGAAGUUGUGACCAUGUCUGGAAGAGGAAAGGGCGGUGGGAAAGGUCGCGCCAAGGCGAAGUCUCGGUCGUCCCGGGCUGGCCUGCAGUUCCCGGUGGGCCGUGUUCACAGGCUCCUGAGAAAGGGUAACUAUGCUGAGCGUGUGGGUGCCGGAGCGCCGGUCUAUCUGGCUGCGGUGCUGGAGUAUCUGACGGCUGAAAUCCUGGAGCUGGCCGGCAACGCGGCCCGGGACAACAAGAAGACCCGCAUCAUCCCCAGGCACCUGCAGCUGGCCGUGCGCAACGACGAGGAGCUCAACAAGCUGCUGGGAGGGGUGACCAUCGCUCAGGGCGGGGUGCUGCCUAAUAUCCAGGCUGUGCUGCUGCCCAAGAAAACUUCCGCUGCUGGAUCUGCUAAAAAGUGAAGAGAUCAUUCUGGAAUCUGACAACCCAAAGGCUCUUUUAAGAGCCACUCACAACAUCUGUGAAAGGAACUAAACUUUCUGUCGGAUUAUUUUCCUCGCCUUUGUACCGGACAUCAAUAAAUUACACGCUUCAUUUAGUUGAAUAUUCUAUCUUCAGGAGCAGAGGACGGAUUUGUCAUAAAUGCGAUUGUAAGAGUGUUCUGAACGACAGUAUUUUUUAUUGAACGGUCACUGCUUGAGUGAUCUCUGUUUUAGUUUAGAAAGUCGCCAAUCUGGUUUGACCUCACUUUUCCUUUAAAUGCAGUAGGAAGAGCUGGUUUGACCCAGGACAGUAACGGAUCAGUCGCUGCAGGAUACAGUGAGGAACAGUUCCAGACCCUCUGCGCUUUAUUUUCUGCUCAGUUCAUAGCCAGCCUUUUAGCCCCUGCCUCUGGAGAGAGAGCAGAUUGAACAACAGUGAAGCAUAUUUUUCAACUGUAAAGGCGGGAAUGGGGCAGGUACUCAAAGGACCAAGACAAUGUAAUAUUCCCUUGGUACAGAGCCAAGUGUGACCAGCUGCUUCGAACAAACAGCAGAAAUUUUAUACAUAACACUACUAUUAUAGGACAAGCCAAACAGAGAACAGCCAGGGAAUUCCUAGAGGCAUGGUACUCAUCCACAGAUUCAAUCAAUAAGCACAUCGACCUGGAACCAAUAUACCGGCCACUGCAGCGGACAGCUGGAACUGACAACUGGAAGCGGCAGAUACAAAUCACUAUAAAUGCCAGAGAAAACAUCACAGAAGCGCUUCACAGGAGGCUCCCAAGCACUGAGGAUCUCGCCUAGACAGGGGACGAAACGUCUGCAACACAAAUUCCCAGCUCGGCGAACAGAACCACAACAACUUUGUUUUAGUUAAUUGUGUACUUCUUUCAAAAUUUGUUGCAAUUUGCUACAAAAAAGCUCUGCAUUCCUCCUUCCUCUCCCUCGGAUGUAUCAUGAAAAAAGCAUGAAAUCUGGCUGCAAUUUUCUGAAUGCAUCAAUGGAAUGUAAUAACCACCCUUCAAAGCAGUGGAGAAAGGGGGGGGGAAGAAAGCCAAAAUUGGUAGGUUUGUAAAACUGCUCAUUUUAUUUUCAAGCAGAGCAGAACAGUACUGAUUAAUCCAUAAAAUGGAAUUUGGCAGUCUACAUAUUCUGCACUGCAAGACAAAAAAAAAGUUAUUUUCCUUUCCUCCUCCCUACUAUAGAGCAAUGCAACAGUACAGCUAAUGGUGCAUCAUCAUGACAGAGCAGGGUAAUGUUCUGUCAACAUCAGGAAGUAGAAGUGAAUUAGCCAAUUGUCUUUUCUGUACAAGGAACAUUAUGGUCAGUCAGCUCCAAUGCAGUUGAAUUGUUUGUCAACCUUACAUUUAGUCGCAAAUGGAUUCAGUUUACAUUGAUUUUUACUUCACCAAAUGCAUAAAAGAACAUCACUAUGCACUGAAACAAAAGCUGACGGCUUUCUGAAGACCAACAUUUUUUAUCAUUACUCUCUAUCAGAUUCCACACUAUACAAAAGGUCCAUUGCUUUUCCUACCUUGAUACUGAGGAACAGCACAGAAUCCUUUCUGUUGCAGUGUAUUACGUUUUCACUUGCAUGUGAUUCCUACAGGCACUAACAAGUAAAGAACUUCGGCUGUUUCCCAUUCACUACAGGAGGCUGAAACUGAGAUACAGAGUGGUAGUACAAGAGCAAAGUCACUCUCACUCAGCCACUGGAUGCUGAAAGGAAAAGAAUAAAGUUUGGCCUCUAUUUCUGGAUGUGAAUUGUCUCUCAACAUCAUUUAUCAUAGCUGAGGAUAUACAGUGCACCGCAAUGCCUGAUAAAGUCUACUAUACAUGUACACAAUGUAAAAAUAAACAGACUGAAAUGCAAUACAGUUAUGCAUCAUUGAAAAGAGUUUAUUUAGAGUUUAUGCUAACUCAGACACAAACCACAACUGAACAUAGGUGAUUGAAAUUCAGUAAAUCUCCAAUGAACCCUCUCAAGAACUUGAGGAUCCUUCCCUAAAUAAUGUGCCCUGAACUGAAAACAAAUGUGAUCUGUCUGACCA